UAGCCUCUCAGCCCAUCACUAAGAACUCAUCUAAAACUACUGUCUUCUUAAUUUCAUGGCUUCCUCAACUGCCCUGUUUCGUCUCUCCAUCCUUCUCAUCUUCUUCCUUGCCUUCUUCACCAUUGCAGAACCUCGCCUCGUUCUUCAUUCCCAGAUGUCGACAAGUACUCAAGGCGAGGGAAGUUCUCUUCCAAAAUCUGGCAUAGACUGCAGUGGAGCUUGCAGUGUUAGGUGCAGUGAAUCAUCGAGGCCAAAUCUGUGUAAGAGGGCGUGUGGGACUUGCUGCUUGCGCUGCAACUGUGUGCCGCCUGGGACUUACGGCAAUCUUCAGAUGUGCCCUUGCUACGCCGCUCUCACCACCCAUAAUGGCCAACCCAAAUGCCCUUAAUUUUAUAUAUAUAUGGAGCCUGGUAUUGCUUCUUGUUAGUUAAAUGCAAUAAGCUAUAACGGCUAUUUUAGUUGUAUUUAAGUUUGAAAUGGUUCAGUAUUGCCGAUCAUAUUAAAAAAAUAUUGAUAUUAUGUUUCUUCCUUA